AAGAAGAAGAAGGUUUUCAUGCUGUCAGUCACAAUAUGCUGCUCUUCUAUACUACUUAAUUACCUACUUGGGAAAUGAAUAGAAGACUAACGUCACUUAAUUAGGAACUCUGUGUGAUUCACAGUUACCAGAAUCAAGAACUCAUCAUGGUGCUCAGCUACCGUUAGCUACGAAGCUAGGUUACUUGGCCAGUCGCUCCAACUUGCUUGCUGACAGGUUAGCUCCGGUAGCUAACUUCGCGAUGUGAACUAACUAAGCCAGGAAAGUGGCGAUAAAGAAACUCCCUGCAACUCUCUGGUGUUGCAGGUCGCUCUCAUGUGCCCAUGGAGAAGGCAGCUUUUGAGGGGUGGCUGGAGUCUGUCUCCGCCACUUUCCUUACUCUAAAUGACCAGCAGCGCAACCAGUCUCUGGACCAACUCAUUUCUUUAAGUGGUGCUGUCCAGCUCCGUCAUCUGUCUAAUGGACUGGAGACACUGCUCAAGCGCGAUUUCCUGCGCCUCCUUCCCCUGGAGCUGGCCUUCUACCUGAUGCACUGGCUGGAUCCUGAGACCCUGCUUACAUGCUGCCUGGUCUGCAAACAGUGGAAUAAGGUGAUCAACUCGUGUACAGAGGUGUGGCAGGGUGUGUGUCGGGAGCUGGGCUGGAGGAUCGAUGAAUCCAUUCAAGAAGCGCCACACUGGAAGGCGGUCUACCUGAAGGCUAAACUACGUAUGGUGCAGCUGCAGGAUCAAGAGGCCUUUGAGACGUCAUCUCUCAUUGGCCACAGUGCUCGAGUAUACGCCCUUUACUACAAGGACGGCCUCCUCUGCACAGGGUCUGAUGACCUCUCUGCCAAAUUAUGGGAUGUGCGUACCGGGCAGUGUAUUUAUGGAAUUCAGACACACACCUGCGCCACAGUGAAAUUUGACGAACAGAAGCUGGUGACCGGGUCCUUUGACAACACUAUUGCAUGCUGGGAGUGGAGCACGGGAGCUAAAAUCCAGCAGUUCCGUGGCCACACAGGAGCAGUCUUCAGUGUGGACUACAACGAUGAGCUGGACGUGCUGGUCAGCGGCUCUGCUGACUUCAGUGUGAAGGUGUGGGCUCUGUCUGCUGGAGCCUGUCUCAACACUCUGACUGGACACACUGAGUGGGUCACCAAGGUGAUACUUCAGAAAAGUGAAGUAGAAUCUAUGGUGCACAGUCCUGGUGAUUAUAUUCUUCUAAGUGCUGAUAAGUAUGAAAUUAAGAUCUGGCCUUUAGGGAGGGAAAUUAAUUGUAAGUGUUUGAAGACGCUGUCAGUUUCAGAGGACCGCAGCAUCAGCCUUCAGCCUCGCUUGCAGUUUGAUGGACGCUACAUCGUCUGCAGCUCCGACCUCGGAGUUUAUCAGUGGGACUUUGCCAGUUUUGAGAUUCUCAGGGUGAUAAAAACGCAGGACCCAGCUAACCUGUCCCUGCUCAGCUAUGGCGAGGUGUUUGCUCUCCUUUUCGACAACCACUUCCUGUACGUGAUGGACCUGAGGACAGAGGCUAUCUCGGGCCGCUGGCCUCUACCGGCCUACAGAAAAUCCAAACGAGGAUCCAGCUUCCUGGCUGGUGUAACGGGCUGGCUCAAUGGGCUGGACGGGGACAAUGACUCUGGACUGGUGUUUGCCACCAGCAUGCCUGAUCAUAGCAUUCACUUAGUACUGUGGAAGGAGAACGGAUAGAAGACAACAAGGACUCAGAGCCACCAUCAUGUGUGCUCUGGAAUAAAUGAACCUUUAGCAGCCAACAUUGAUCAUGCAUGGACCAAAGCAUUUGUUUUUAUCUGUUUCUUCCU